AUGAACACGCUCGAUAAAGGGAAAAGUUUCAAAUUGCAGAUGUCGUCAAUGGUAGACAAAGUACGCCGCGGUGUAGCAAAAACAAUACAGGCAGCUUCGGAAGGUGAAGCAUUUGAUACAUUACCAGAUUGUGACAUUCUUGGGAUAACUGAUCGAUUCGCUAUUAAGAUUUUACCCUCUGAUGAUGUAAAGCCUUCUGCAUCGGGCUUCGCACCAAUCCAUCUUGUGAUUAAAGCCAAAAAAGGUAGCCGUCAAACUGUUUAUAAUUGUGAAAUGAUUGCUGCUCAAGGAAUUAUAGUUAAAACAUUACGUGGCAAUACUGUCAUGGAAAUACGACUUCCAGAUAGUUCUCAAAAUUCUGUGGGUAAAAUUUUGCAUCCUGCUGGGUCAACACUAUAUAAGGUUGAACAAGUAAAAUCUCAAUCAUUUGGUCAAAGAUUUGUGAUUUCAAAAUUUGGUGUACCAUUCCUAAAUGUUGUCAAUACACCAAUUACACAAAUUUUUGGAUCAUUUAGCAGUAUAUUGCGUUAUUUCUACCUCAUUAAUGCUGAUCAGGCACUGGAAUUUUUCAAUUUAAACAAUGAAAGAAUAGGUUUUCUCAGGCCUUCAUACUUUUCAACGGCUAAAUCUAUCAUUAUUAAUUACAGUGAUGAAGCAACAGCAGUACAAGAACGAGCUGCAAUGCUAGGCACAAGCAUACUGUUUCUAAUUGUUGCUGUUCGACCGGAAUACGGUGCAAUGCUUCAGAAUACAUUGCACUAA